GUUCAGUCAUGGCAGUCAGCUUAAACCUUUUCUGAUUCUACACAGGAUCUUUUCACUAUGUUUUUAUAAAGCUUGUUAAUGUGACCACAGAGAAGGGAAGGAGGGGAGGGCUUGUUUGUUCAUAAUUGUCUUUACUUCUGCAGAGACAUGACUUCUUCAGCCAUGACUCAAAAAGGUUUUAUUUUUACUUUCUUACUAAUUUUUUGGAACACAUACAUUUUCUCAGGAAAUGCAGAUACACAUCAUCUUCGUUUCCUUCUGGGAUGUCAAGCUGUUAUACCUUGUCGGCGAUACAGCACCCUUUCAGACGCUCUCAUAUGGUUUUACAAGAGGAAUGAACACAAUCAAACAAUCAAGAUAUUUUUUCAAAAUAGUAAUGGAGUAGAACACCGUGCUCCCAAUCAACCUGGAGUGUUUAUUGUGCGGAAUCACUCCUUGGUCAUCGAUAAUUUCACUGAAAGUUAUGAGGGUAUAUACUGGUGCGAAAACUGUUAUAAGGACAACUGCAGGAAUGAACAGUUGGCAGUCUUCAGAGUGAAGAAAGAAAUUCUGAAUGAGACUCAAAAGACGUUUAACAUCGCUGCAGGCAGCAGUUUCACACAGGCAUGUCCAGGUGAAUUUUCUCAUUUCAAGUGGACUUUUGAAGCAAGUAAAAAAAUCACUCCCAGGAAAAUAUUAGAAACGGUCACUGUGACUACCAACAAGUCUUUUCAUAUUACAAACGUCAAAAUCACGGAUUCUGGGAAAUAUACCUGCUGGGCAAGCAACUGUGGUCGUUCCAGUCAUAAACUUAUUACUAUCAACUUAUGUGUAAUCAUAGAACAUUCCAGUGAGGAUGCCUUAAUUUGCAAUGCAAAUCUGACAUUAGAUGGACACACCACAGUUACCAGCAGCUACGCUUCAUUAACUACAUUUAACAAAACAACAGGUGCAUUUACACAACCCGCGUAUCAUCUGCCAGUUGUUUAUGGACUAUCAGCUGGCCUUGCUUGUUUCAUUUCAAUGGCAAUUUUGGGGGUUUGCUUAAAAAUAAAAUCGCAAGCAGAUCAACUGGAAGAGGAAUCUCAAGUGGUUUAUUCAUCGGUUGUCAUCAGGACACCCCCUAGAACAAGAGACAUUCAUCCAAGUCAUUGUGUUUACAGUGAAAUAAAAAUUUAAAAAAAUACCUCAAGUUAGGGUGGUAAGUAAAUGCAAUGUGUAGUGAUUAUAAUUUCCACACAGUCAUAAUUUAGUCACUGAUUCCUCAAAAAUGGCACGUGUUUCAUGAUUUGCAAUGUAUGUGUGUGUGCCUUCCCCCACAAUGUGCUGACGGGAAACUUUGAAUGUGUCUUUUUCCACUUUCCAAACCAACAAAUGAUUACUGAUAUAAAUGUAUUUUCAGUUUAAUUUGACUUUAUUUCAGGAGCAUCCUGUCAGGAAAAAAAUGAAAAAAGUAAUAAUAAAAAAAAUAUGUUGCAGACUAUGUCACUCCAGAGAAAUGUAGCAAGAGGUUUUGAGAUGGGGCUACUUGUGUAUAUGUAAACAUAUAGUAUUUUUCUACUCUGGCACUAGUUCUGUAGUGAUUAUAUUAAUACAUAUAAUACAUGUAAGAGCUAUUUUAUGUGUUCAUUAUCCUUUCACUCUUAGAUAUUUAUGUGACACCUAGUUACUUUGUAUGUUUAAUAUAACCUACAGUCUGAAGUGCCACCACGUUAUCCUGUGAACACACCGGGUUGAAAUGUUGAAGAUUAAACUGUGUAAAUGCAGAGUAAAACUUUCGUUACCCAUUAGUCUUUUUUUCAUAAAGCUGUUCACAUCAAUCAGCCAUUGGUUUUGAAGCUACGAUGUUUUUGCUGUGUUGACAAAAGUGCAACAUGCAUCUAAAGAAAUGCUAGACUUGUGGGGGGCUGCAAAACUUGUAAUGGUGUUUAUUGCUGUGUUAAACCACACGCCAUCGAGCACAAAUCAAUUUUAUCUCAGUUGAAGAACCUGGUCUUUGCUGAAUAGCUGAUAAUUUACAUGGUGACAAAAAAGGAUUUCUCUCAAUUGUGCACUUUUAAUUUAAUUUUAUUUUCAUUUGAAAAAGCACAUACUCUUUAGUUUCUCAGGUUUUAUUUAUGAAAAAAAAAAUUAAAAUGAAAAAUAUAUGUAAUAACAGUAAUGCAAAACAUCCUCUAACUGAGAGGAAAUGUUGACAGAGUGUGCCUCCUUAAUACAUAUUUAAUUUAGCUUGUAAUGAUUUCAAUUUGAUCAAUUACAGAGUCCCGAGGAGUCAGAUUUUUUUUAGGUGACCCCCCCUUUUUUUUUAUUAUUAUUAUUUAUUUCGAGCCUGUGACAAUACAUAGUGUACAAUAGUGUGAA